AUGGUCCGAAUAAAAGAGAGAUAUCUUCUCGUCAACAUAAUCUACCCACCAGAGCCUGCCACCAAGCACAAAUCAGCCGUGCCGUCUUUUGUGGUGCAGCAUCAACCCACAGUGGAAAAUCUGACGCCUCAGCUCCUUUUGAAAGCCAUUCGCAACGAGAUCGCGCAACUCUUUGGAGAUCAUGGGUCAGGGGCACUUGGCGGAAGUUUAUCAAUCAAGUACUUGUCCUUAGCGACCUCAACCAUCAUUCUCAGAUGCCACAGAGAGCACUACCGCAUGCUUUGGGCGGCGCUUACUCUCAUGGACCACGUCCCGGUUAAGGACGGGCGGCCAUGUACAUUUCGUGUUGUUCGGGUGAGUGGCACGAUACGAAAAGCUGAAGAAGAAGCAAUCCGCCAGGCACGUGCUCUCAUCUUGGCUGCCAAAGAUGGCAGUGCGCUCAGUGCAUUUUUGCCCGUCGAGUCAGUCGAUAAUCACACGGAAGACGAGUUAGACGAAAAUUUGGAGGAUGACGAUAUCGAAAUGGUCAGCGACGACGGCUGA